GGCGGGUAGGCUCUAAAUAAAUCUCUUUUAAGACAUACUAAAUCUUUAAUUCCCUAUAUUUCCUGCUAAAAUUUAUCAACCAUGAGAUUGAUUUGGUUAAUAAAAGUGUGUUUAUCUUAAACAAACCAAACUGUUUCCUAAAUUCCCGUUAAGUUACUCAUGAGUGUAAGGUGGGAUUGAAUUUAAUUUUCACCCUCUCAAACACCUUUCUCUAUUAUAUGAAGCUAUUAUUAGUUAAUCACCUUCUAAUCAACAUUUUUUCUCAAACAAAGAGUAAUGAAAGAAAGAGAAAACAAUGACAUAUUGCAAAAAUCAAAUAAGCCAAGAAAUAAUAAUAAUAAGAAACUACACCAGAUUUCCUCCUCCCAUAUAGAAGAGCUCUGAUUGAAAAAAAGAGCUCAAAUAAACAAUAACAUCACCAUUAGAAAAAAGAUAGAGAAUAAAAACCCAUUAAAUGUCCACUGUUGGAUUCCUUCUCCUUCUCCUGUGUCUCUCAUUAUCACCUGAUUGUUUGUUGUCAAUGAGUGAGGCAGAAGCACUCUUAGCGUUCAAGAAAUCGAUGUCGAAUGCGGAGUCUUUAGACAGUUGGAAGCCGAAUUCGGACCCUUGUAAGGACAAAUGGGAAGGUGUGUUUUGUGAUGAGGAAGGAAAAGGUGUUGUAAUUCGUUUACAUUUAACAAAGAUGAGUCUUUCAGGUACCAUUGAUGUAAAUACAAUAACUCAAAUAAAAAACUUGAAAACUCUUAGUCUUUCUAACAACACAUUUGAAGGUGCAUUACCACCUUUUAACAUGUUAAAAGGUUUAAGGGCACUUUAUGUUAGUUCUAACAAAUUUUCAGGGGAAAUUCCUGGAGAUUAUUUUGCUGAUUCAAUAUUAAGAAGAAUAUGGUUGUCAGAUAAUGAGUUUUCUGGUAAGAUACCUUAUUCUUUAGGGAAAGUACAUGGUUUGAUGGCACUACAUUUAGAAAGGAAUAAGUUUAUUGGUGCAAUACCUGAAAUUUCCCAAGAAUCUUUGACAGAGUUGGAUAUGUCAGGAAAUCAGUUGGAGGGGCAGAUUCCUGCUAGUAUGGAGAGGUUCGGGGCGGAUGCGUUUAAGGAUAAUUCCGGUCUUUGUGGGAAGCCGGUGAGUAAGGAAUGCGUGAACGGAAAGAAGACAGGUGGUAAUGUCAAGGUUACAAUAGCUAUAAUGAUAGGAAUUGUGGUCAUUAUGGCUUUACUUCUUCUUUUAUCAGCCUUGAUCAAGUCUAAAAAUAAUCAACAUGAAGAAGAAUUUGAUGUGCUUAAUAAGGAAUCUGCCGAGGAUGUGGUUGAGGUACGUGUCCAUGGGAACGCAAAGACUGGUGGUGGGAGCACUCGAAGCCAAAAUGGUGGUGGUGGUGGUGGUAGUGUUGGUGGUGGCAGCUCAAGAAAGUCGAGUACUAAUGAUUCUUCAUCACAUAAGAAGGGUGAACAUGGGAGUAAAAAAGCAGGGUCUCAACAAGGGAAAAAUGCAGGAAUGGGUGAUUUAAUUGUCAUCAAUGAUGAAAAAGGUUCAUUUGGUUUGGCUGAUUUGAUGAAGGCAUCUGCUGAGGUUUUGGGAAAUGGAGCAUUAGGAUCUGCUUAUAAGGCGGUCAUGUCUAAUGGGGUGUCUGUUGUAGUUAAGAGGAUUAGAGAUAUGAAUCAACUUGGGAAAGAUGAAUUUGAUGCUGAGAUUAGAAGGAUUGGAAAAUUUCGUCAUAAGAAUAUUUUGACACCCUUAGCUUACCAUUAUCGAAAAGAAGAGAAGCUUGUGGUUUCUGAGUAUGUUCCUAAAGGCAGCUUGUUGUAUGUCUUGCAUGGAGAUCGAGGAAUUAGUCAUGCAGAGCUCAACUGGCCUACACGACUAAAGAUCAUCAAAGGCAUAGCAAGUGGAUUGCAGUACCUAUAUGCAGAGCUCUCUGACUAUGAGCUACCACAUGGGAACCUAAAGUCAAGCAAUAUAUUUCUUGGCAGUAACUAUGAACCAAUCCUUUCAGAUUAUGGGUUCUUCAGAAUGGUAACAACCACACAAGCAGCGCAAGGAAUGUUCGCUUAUAAAUCACCUGAAUCAGUUGAAAGCCAACAAGUAUCAUCGAAAGGAGAUGUAUAUUGUCUUGGGAUUGUCAUCCUUGAAGUCCUAACUGGGAAAUUUCCUUCGCAAUAUCUCAAUACUGGAAAAGGAGGCACAAAUGUCGUCCAAUGGGUAAGAUCAGCUAUUGAAGAAAAGAAAGAAGCAGAGUUCUUAGACCCGGAAAUAGCAUCAACUACAGAUGCACUCGAGGCUAUGACACGACUCCUUCGUUUGGGGGCUUCUUGUACCGAGACUGAAACUAAUAAGCGGCCUAGCAUGGAGGACGCAAUCAAGAGGAUAGAGGAGAUACAAGCUUAAAGGAUAACAACCAACAUGGCCAUUGCAUAAUAUGGUUAAGCCAGAUAUGUGCAAGAGAAUGUCGAAUUGUCAGCAUCACAUAAUGGAAAAGUUAAAGAUUAAUCUUCAUCAUUUGAAAAUUUGCAGUAUUCCAAGCUUAUUCAUAGGUUUGUGAAGAUCCAAUUCAAGCAAUGUAACAAGAAGAAAGUUUUCUUUUAGUGUUUGGGUGCUUGAUAAGAUUGAAUAUCAGAGCUGACAACUAAUCACAUUCUCAAUUCUUUUGUUAGGUUUUUCUUUUUAGAAAGUUGUUUAGAAAGAUUUAUAUUUUGUAUUUUUGUAGGAAAACCAAUUUUAUUGUAAAAUAUUACUUAAAAUAUAUCUUCAGCAUGUGAGUUGAUUAUUAAUGCAUAAAUCUUCUGUAACAACAAAAUAGCCAAAUUUCUCUGGUUCUCACAGC